AUGGGGAUAUAUCUAAGUGCUCCAAAAACUGAGAAGGCCUCUGAAGAUGCUCAUCCAUAUUUGGACGAGUCUACGUCUUACUUUGGUGUUUAUGAUGGCCAUGGAGGUAAAGCUGUUUCAAAAUUCUGUGCCAAGUUUCUACACCAGCAGGUGCUUAGGCAUGAAGCUUACUUAGCUGGAGAUAUAGCCACAUCUUUACAGAAAUCAUUCCUCAGAAUGGAUGAGAUGAUGCACGGCCAAAGAGGGUGGAGAGAAUUAGCAGUCUUGGGAGAUAAAAUGGAAAAGUUCUCUGGUAUGCUAGAGGGGUUUAUAUGGUCUCCCAAGAGUAGUGAAGCCAAUGACCGUGCCGAUGAGUGGGCUUUUGAGGAGGGACCCCAUUCCGAUUUCGGUGGGCCAAACUCUGGAAGCACAGCUUGUGUGGCUGUCAUCCGAGGAAACAAACUUGUUGUUGCAAAUGCUGGUGAUUCUAGAUGUGUGUUAUCAAGGAAAGGCCAGGCACACAACUUGUUUAAGGAUCACAAGCCUGACCUUGAACUUGAUAAAAACACUACGGAAUUGGGUUUACCACUAUAUGAUGGUGGCGAUGCAGCUGAUCUUUUUUAUGAUUGUGUUUUUGCUGAUGUAGCUAAAGAAAAAGGUGCAGUGGAAUUAGAGAAAGAAGAGCCAGCAAAACUUUUGAAAGAUGUCUUAGAGAAAAUGGCAGAGCAACUUGAGUUGAAUCCAGUAUAUCAGGACUUUGCUUGA